AUGACAAAACCAGAAGACGCCAUGUCGAAUGACCAAAAACCUUUUACUAGAAUUUCUAUGGAACCACUGUAUGAACGUUUACUCAAAAAACCGUUUCCUGAUAGCGUGUCUGCUAUUGAAUAUUGCCGUACUGUCUGUGGCGAAUUCGGAUUUACCGUGAAACAAGAAGCAAGCGCCAAUAGGAAUAUUUACGUCUAUUGUUCUCGCGAAGGCUUACCAGACUCACAACGCAACCCUAAACCUUCACCUCAGCGUAAGCGACCUUCCAAACGAUGCGACUGUCGUUGGCGGGUCGUUCUUUCAGAGAAUGAACGCAAACAAUGGGAGUUUAGAAAGUCCAUGAAUCCCAACGCGUCGGAGCACAACCAUGAAAUGAUGUCUCCUGAUGAAAUGGUCAAGGCUUGGCCUGCCGAAGUCAAUGAUACCAUUAUCCAGUUGGCCCGUCAACGACUACAGACGCAUGAGAUUCGCGAAGCCGUAAAGCAGCGAUUCCCUGAUAUCACAUGGAAUGAACGCCGUUUCUACAACCGAUUAACAGAGGAACGGAAACGGAUUCGACAACGCGGUGUGGUCGAACGCUCACAGAGGUUACUCCUGCUUUCCGCCCGUCUUUGUUCAGUCGUGGCAUCCAAUGAAGAUUGGGCUUUAUGCGUAGAAAACGAUCUGGCUCGCAUGUUUGAAAAUUUUUGCCAGUUGAGUCGUCUACCUCCGGAAGCCAUUCACACCUUGGUCGAUCUGCAGACGGAUUUGAUCCAAAACGAAGCUGACAAGCUGACCUGCAAUACCAAUCGGCUGUCGCUCGGUGAUUCGGUUCCUGUAUCGGCCAUUUCCACUUCCAGUCCCAUGAUGAGCGAUCUAGACGAUGUACAACAAUCACCCGCCAAACGUCGCAAGUCGUUGGUAUCCAAAAUGGAAGCUCCUAAAGGCACUCAAAUUGUCAGCGUUCCCAAUUACCUGAUCUACGUUCGAUCCCAACCCCUGAGAUCGUCAUCUGAUUCAUCGUCUCAGGGAUCCAGGCGAACCUUUUCUCCCUCGGGUCUUGAAAGUCCUAGCCCACAGACCGGUCCACCUGCUGCUGCAUUCGGCGGCAACUCAACCACCUCGUUCUUUUCUUUGGCCUCACCCACAUCCUCAUCUUCGUCGUCUUCGUCCUCCAUGCCUUUCCACAACCAUCCUCACCAGCAACAGCAACAGCAACAACAGCGAUUGAAUCGACUGGAUAUUUCCAACCAGCAACGCACCGUGCCGUCACCGCAUCCAUCGCUCCAUUCGCCCAACGACACACCAUUCCUUAUGAAUCAAGGAUAUGCACCAACGCAUCAACCACAACCUCAGCCCCAGCAAGCGACCGGUUACACCGUAUCCGGUUUACCUGCGUACAACAUGCAGGCGUCCUCCUUUUCACCCUACACCAUGGCGGCCACCUCCUUUUCUUCGCCUCCGGAAAUGUCCUUCACUUUUGAUAACACUGCAAUGGCCGGUCUGGGCGGUCACCGCGCCCAUGAUCGUCAGCUUGCUCAUCCGCUCGAUAUUCGACAACCGGCUCAAGCGACCCCUCAGCAGCCCACCUCGCCUUCAGUCUUUGGUUUCUAUCCUGUGCGAGAAGAACAAAAUGCCGCACUGCAACAACGCGCCAUGUUACAACGCCAGCAGCAAGAAUACGAACAACGGAUGCAACGAUCCUUCUCUCAGGGCUAUACACCCCUGCCCAUGAUUCGAUCCAACGAUGAUCACACCGGUCCUACCGCCGAAGAUGUUGCCAACGCUCAGUCCUGGGCUUAA